AUGGACUCGAGGGAGAGCUAUCACAGGGGCGAAAGCAGCCUGCCAGCUGCAGUCGCGGUAUCCUCUAUCGCAGAAACGGUCGAGCCAAUACUGCCUGCGAAAUCAUCGCGCCAGAAAAAGCUACAGCACGACCUUCGCGCAACACUGAAGACGAGUCUUGAGCGCAGGCAGAGGUCGAGGAAUGAUCAAGCAUUCGACUCUAUACAGGUUACGGCUUUAGCUUCGACGGCGGAACAGGAUGAUGAGACAGUCCUGUACUUGGGAUAUGGUUCGAACCUAGCAGCUGAAACGUUCUUGGGAAAGAGAGGUAUACGACCGUUAUCGCAGAUCAACAUCGUUGCACCAUCGAUAGCUCUUACCUUCGACCUGCCGGGCAUACCAUACAGUGAACCAUGUUUUGCCAACUCUAGGUAUCGAGACGCUCCGAGUGAUGGUGAGGAGAAGCCACGGCCACCAUACCACAAAAAUGCUUGGAAGAAAGGGCUUGUAGGAGUGGUUUAUGAGGUCACAAAGCAAGACUAUGCACACAUAAUAGCUACAGAAGGUGGUGGAGCUGGCUAUCAUGAUGUUGUGGUAGAUUGCUACGCCCUUGACGAUGAUCCAAAUCUUCUUGUUCCAGCGCAACCAUCGGGCACACCGUUCAAAGCACACACCUUGUACGCUCACCGCGAGCAAUCGUUACGACCCAAUCCAGACUAUGCACAGCCUUCUGCUCGAUAUCUGAAAUUAAUCACAGACGGUGCAGGCGAGCAUAAUCUGCCAAUGGAAUAUAGACACUUUCUGAGCAACAUAAGAACUUACCAUACCACCACGUCGAAACAGCAAAUUGGUAGCUUCAUUUUCUUGGCCGUGUGGGGACCCAUAUUUGCAUUCUUCUUUGGCAGUGCAAAGAUGUUCCUCGACAAGCACGGCAGGUACCCAGAUUGGAUGGUUGACUAUUUGGCCGCCAUGUUUACCGCCUGUUGGGCCAGCUAUGACAGGUUCUUCCUCAAAUUAUUUGGUGAUGCAACAGAAGCCUCCAAAAUAGAGAGUUAUGUCUGA